AUGACACGGACCAAGAAAGAUUCAGCAUGUAGCAGGCGUAGCGGGCGACUAAAAAGAAGAAAUCGCAGCGCAUCGGUGACACGGGCGAACCCCAGAUACAGCGCACUAACCGCUGCCUUUUGCUGUGGCUCGUACCGCAUCACCGCCGAGCCGUCCACGCACUGGGGCUGCGCGGACCUGUGUGGGGCAAACGCGACUCUCGCGUGCGUCCAAAGCUCGGAGGAAAACGAGUACGUGGCGCGCCUCGCCGCCGAUGCGGGCGCGAUCCGUUUCUGGAUCGGCGUCUACCAGCGCCCCGCCGGAGAGGAGCCCGGCGGCGGCUGGGACGUGUGCCAAUCCGGCGAGACGGCAAACUUUGUCAAAUGGGACACGUCAGAGCCAAACAAUUGGCGUGGCGCAGAGGAGUGCGCCGUUGUCGGCAACGGUGGGUUGUGGUUCGACGUCCCUUGCUACCUGGAGUUCCCCUGCCUCUGCAAGUCUGGCGCCGACCCCUCCCCAGAGUACAUGGCCUUCGUGGAGGUGGAGCGCGAGCGGGACAAGUCCCUUCGCGCUGCGGCCCUCGUCCUGCACUACAUGGCUCUCACUCUCUGCUCUGCCAUGUCCGGGCUCAGCCUGAUCUGGGCGCUCGUCUGCCUUUUCCGAGACGUGCGGCGAAAGGACGAGCAGUCUGCGGGUGCGGGCCUAGAGAUGGUGCAGAGCGACGCGGGGCUCGGGCCGCACGACCAGCGGGUGCACGCCUCGCUCCUUUCUCGCGACGUCCUGCUGCUCCGCUGCAGCUGGCUGCGCUCGCGCCCACCCGGCUACGCCCGAAGCGCGUGUGCCCUCACGUACGGCUGGCUCACGCCACACCACCCCGACCCGCACGGCGAGAACCUGCAGCACGUCGUGGCCUUUCUCAACUCGCCCACUGGGCAUGACUUCGUCGCGCUCUUCUGGGACCAAGCGAGCUUGAAGGAUGCUGCUGGCAAGCGCACCGCCGAGGAGGCCAAGAUCUUUGCUGCGUCGCUUGCGGUGAUGGCGGGGCUGUACGCGAGCCCCCGCUGCGUGACAGUGCUGCGGCUGACCAACAUCCCAGAGCCGCCAGAGUGGGGCAAGCGCUCCGUCUGCCUCAUCGGCUUGAAGAACGGCAUCGAAGAGCAGGCGAUCCUCGCGACGCUUGGCAGCUUUGGGCAGAUCGAGACGUGCGAGCUGCACACAGCUCCUGCGAUCGUUCGCUUCGCCACGCGCGAAGCGGCGGUUGCGGCUGUGGCGGCGGGCGCGGAGCAGCUGUGCAAGGGCAUUGGCAUGCUGUACAACACACAGCCGUACGAGCGGCGGGGCUGGUGCCACGCCGAGAGCAACUUCGCGAAGAUCAUCCUCGGCACGCGCAGCGAGCUCGGGCUGGGCAGCGCGGAGCACGCGCCCAAGAUGAUCGAGACCGCGCCCACGCCCAACGCGUUCAAGGCUCAGUUCGAGGAGACGGUGGAAGGGAGCGAGGAGCAGGUCAUCGCCUUCACCGGCAAGGGCGACGAGGAGAAGGUGGCGCGUGCGAUGGUGCCCAUUGAACCACGGUGA